CUGAUCAAACCUGUUCAUCCACCGCGUGGGUAAAAUUUAGUUCGAACAUAGCCGUGGAGCCCAGUGGUACUACUUUGAUCAACCGGCGUUCAUUUUUGGGAGGCGAGCGAUAUCUGUAAUAGGCGGAGACGCGGACGCGUUUCGCUUCGCUGGUUCAGACGAGACGGUAUCAACAUCGGUUUCCUAGGUUUCCAGCUCGUUUAUGUGUUAGUAUUUUCGCGCUUUGGUCAUCGCCUUGACGCGCAAGCUGCAAUCACGAAGAUAACCAGCAACGCAGCAACCGUCGCAGUUGACAUGUGCUGAAAGUUUGUUUGUUUACCGAGGAUUGCAGUCCUUCUGAACCAGAACCACAAUGGGCCUCGGCAACAUACUUCUGCUGACACAAGCCACAUGCUACACCAUAACACUGAUCUUGUCGGUGUGCACAGUGGUGCCGAUGGCUGUGCACGUGUCCAAGUUUGACGGCCACUGCCUGCUCUAUACUACGGGGACAUUUGACAGCGAUGACGGCCACUUCAUCGCUCGAUGGGCGUCGCCCUUCUACUGCUUUUUUGCGCUGGCCGUUGGUGGACUCAUGGUGGCCGUCUCGUUCAUACAGCUGGCUCGCAUGUCGAUUUUCCUCUACAUGGGCACAGACAGCUCAUUUCUGUCUGCAUUCCUGGACUCCGUGGUCAGCGUCAUUGUGAUGCUUUUGGUCUUCACGACUUCUGUGCUGGUGUCGGACGGCUUCCGGGCAUGGUGCAGGGCCAUCACGCAACGUUUUCCAGCGUGUGAAGACGCAUCGGUCACCCAGAUUAGCAAACCGGACCAUGUAGACACUGUUGGAUUUUACAUGCACGUCGGCACAGCUCAGUUUGGUGCCUGGAGUUCUUGGGUGUGCUGGGUCCUCCAGGCAGUCCUGUGCACACGCAAACUGUGCCUCUACCAUGAACGCGAGAACCUCAUCAUCAGCAUGGCCCGCGAACGACGUCUCCUUAACGCCUCACACGAAUCCCAGCCUCAGACCUUCGACGACACGAUCCCCAUCCUCGACUGAAGGGAGAGGAAGAGAGAGAGAGAUGAAGAUUCAUUGCGCACUCAACUCUGCAACGGCUGCCGCAGCCUUCAACAGAGGCGAAAUUUCCAAGCUCCGAAGUGCGACGGUUUGCUCAAGAUGCAGCCUCGUGCGUUUUCACCCUGAAUUUUGUUCUGAGAUCUGCAGCUUCUGGCGAGGCUGCCUGACUUUGAACAGCGUAUCCGUUAGUGUGGUGGUUGUCGUAUACCCUACCGUAGGUGCUAAAGUCCUUGAGUUUGUUCAUGUCGUGGCUGUUGGGUGCUAUGAGCGUAAGAGGUAUUGUACGCAGUGUAGUGCGAAUGUAAAACCGUAUUGUGUGGGCCUUGACCGUCUUGUGCAUGCAGCACUGUGGGUGUUUUUUAUAUGAGCAACCUUAGAUGCACUGUAAAUGCAAAGCUCCUUGGGUUGUGUUGCAUUACAGCUGUGGACUGGGCUGCACGUGUGAGAGAUCUUCUACAAGACAUUGUGUUUUGACUGUCUUGUGCGAGUAGCAUUGCAAGCGUUUUUAGUUUGAGAGCAAUCUCGCAGCAUUGACAAGCUGGCCUGACAUUUCUUGUGGCUGUGAAAUUGCGUAUCUAUAAGAUAGCUGUGCUAUAGAAUAGUUAUGAACAUGGAGAUUAUUAUUUUUUUCUAGCAUAUAAAUGAUACCUCGGUGAACGAAAGCGUGACACGCAUCCACUCCAAUAGAACCUUUACAAAAACUGUUGGAGUAGCUUACCCGCAGUGCACACUGGGCCGAUCGUGGUGACCGAUGUAUUGCUCAAAUGCUGAUUGAUGCCCAGCAGCUAGUGCAUUGUUCUUGCUUUUUUGCAUUUCUUUUCAUCAUAUUCAAUGCACAAGAACAAUAGCAAUGUUGCAACUGCCCAGUAAGCACUAUUUUAAAACUGCGUGUGAUGGCCACCUUGUUUUGGGCAUGUGGGAAAGCCAUCUUGGCGUUCCCUUAUAGGGUCUGUUACUGGGUGAUUCUGUUUACAGAUCAAAAGGAAGCUGUUUGUACUGCUCUUUCUCCUGUCUGAUGACUCCCUGUGUGAAGUAACGUGGAGCCUUAUAUUCCAAUUCCUCGUAGUGUGGAGACAAUCCCCAAGGAUUGCUGUCUGACUGGCUGAAGCAGUUUAAGCAGCAGGGUUCAUACGUGCGUGACAAAAAAAAAUGAAAUCACAUUGACGGUGCGCUUGCAACAAAGGACUCUUGCUUGAAACCAAGCAAAAAGACUAGCAUCAGUUUUGAAGCCGCGGUGCCCUUGCAGCCGCGUUGUUCCAGCUGUGCCUUGUGCUGUGGAAGUUGAUGUCAGGGUUGUAGAAGACUGCAGUUUGUCAAGAGAUCUUGGAAGCCGCAGAAUGUGUUGCUGUUCACUGCAGCCUGUGCAUAAUCAACGCUACUUGCAUUAGUUGAACCAGCUUACUUUCACUGCUUCGCUCAUUCAAACUGUGCUCCUUGGGGAUUGAAAUUAGAAAACAUCCUGGCCUUGUAAAAUUUUUGCAUGGGCUCCUUGUAAAAUUUUUGAUGUUCAAAACAGAGUCAAGCCUAAAGUGGCAAACACAUGUGCAUCAAAACUGAUAUAUGGAACAACACGAACAGAUGGCUAAAUUCAGAUUGUUUGAACCUGUUGGAAGCCUUUUGUAUGCGCUGAUGUGGUUAGUCGUGCGACGUGUUCAAUGGGUUUUAAGUAUAUCUGUUGCACACUUUGUGUUGUUACUCCGACUAAAUGCAUUAUCUAUUCUACCUAAUCAACCCACUUUUUCAAAGCUUUACCCUACCAAGUAUGUGGUGUACAGAUUGUUGUUUGUUAGUUAUUGCGCAGUCACUGCUUUCAUUGAGAAAAAGCUCGCUGCGUGUCAAACUUAGGUUAUUCUAUCAAGCGAAUAGCUUUCUUUGGCUCUUCCCUCUGUUUUCGUGGUUGUCGGCUGGAAUUUCUCCACUGAUUAAUGAAAAUGUAGUGCUUUAGGGAGGAGUAGGAGGGAGGUUGCCGUAGAAAUCGAGCAGUGGCCAGAAAGUAGGUCACCAGGGGAUAGGGAAAGGUGCUGAUGUCUCUGGACCUUGCCAUUUGGUUGGACAAGCACUCGCAUCAUGCCAUAGGUUACUGAACAUUGUGGGUAAGCGAAGUGGCAGGCCAGUGUGCUGCAACGGCUGUCAACCCACAUGGACAGCCUCAGUGGACAGGGUCAAAUUCCUCGAUCUCGCGGGGAAAUGAAGUUGGAAAAGCAACAGGAAGGUUAAGGUCAAUGUGUGGAUGCCACGACCACCGAGGAAUGAGUAGGAAUGUUGUACCAAUAACGCAAGGCUCAGCAACAAUGUGCAAAUGUUAUGGACCGCAGAGGACUGAGUAGGAACGUUGCACCGACUUUCAGAGACAAUUAGGUGGAUUCAGAAAGCCAUUCGCUUACAUUGACAAUCAUCUUCGAUGGCGUCUGCAUAAUUUAUUUCGAUGAACAAAUUUAAGCGCUUCCUGGUCUUUAACAAACAUGGUUGUAGCGGCAUUAAGUCGUGGUUUUGAAAUCUGCAGCAUGGAUUGUUUUGAGAUUACAGAGUUAGUUUUUUAAAGGACACGACUGAAAAGUGCUAAGUCAGUUUAAACUGGUAGAGUGCUCCUUAGAGUUCCAGUUGCAUUAGCAAGAAAAGGCUUGAAGGUGUUGCGUGGAAAGUGAAAGCCAGACAUAUUUCUUGAAUUUUGCAUCCAGAUGUUGAUGCUGAAUGUGUAAGCAUGAUGUUGUAAGCUUCAUUGUAUUCUUGUAUUUAUGGGACAAUUUUUUUAAAUGCCAUAAGAGUUUUACAAAGUUUCUAGGUUUAAGUGCUUGCCUUCAUGUUGAGCUCAAUGUUAUCCUUAUCUAUAGACAAACACAUAAGAAGUACUCAGCAGACAUUAUCGAAAUACACAAUGUCAUUGGUGGAAUGUCACAGGUUUUAUCAUGUAUUUUAGUAAUCUUAGUAAUAUUUCCAAAAAACCUGCCCAGUUUCAUGUUCACUUGCUUUUGAAUUCAACGUUAUGUUUACAAUUGUAGACAAAGGUACUUCUAUUCCUGAGCAGCCAGCGUUGAAAUACUUGAUUCCACAGAGAACAAGGACCGAAACUUGAAGCUCGUGUCAGCCCCUAUUCUUCUUUCUGGUCUCUUGUUUGCAUAUCACGCAUCAUAUCACAGCAAGAGUGGCCUGUUAGGUAUUCCAGGAAUCAUUCUUUUUUAAAUGACUCUUUUCAUUUUUCAUUAUUUUUGCCCUUUGGCAUUUGCUCACGCAAAGCCAUUCUUCCCAGUAGUGGCUAGUCGGCAAUACAGGUAGUAAAUGAAUAAGACCAUAGAAAAGAGAUUCCUUACAGAAUAGGGCCUGAGGACUCUAAACUGCCAAUAUAGCAGGAACACUGAAGGAAAAUAUUCCGUUGACUGAAGGAAAAUAUUCAGUUGCUUCAGAUCACUAGAGUAAUUGUCUAGAAUUCUGUCAUCAUUUUCUGUAUUACAGUUUAUGACUAGAAUAGUGCCACUAAAGGUCCCACUACUACUCAAUUUGAACCGCUUGUGUCAAAACGGAUGAGCCAACGUGAUCCCCGUGUGACUUCCCCCUCUGUCGCUCUCUGAAUCGGCCACUGCUGACAUCACGAAGUACCAUAGUCUACCACAGGUAGCGCCAUCCUGAUCUUUCAUUUUAGUCAUUUCCUCAAUUUCAAAGGCUCUUUUCUCACUACGGAUAAUGAAUUUGUUAUUACGGGAGCUUAAUCUUUAAAUUAGGUAGAUUUAAUAUUUUUCUUUGGGAUCCCUUUAAUGGCUGUACCAUUAUGUAGCAUUUUAAUUUACAGCAGCUUCUUGUCUGUUGGUGAUGCUAAUUUUAUAUGCAUACUCUUGAAUGCACAUUUAUACAAUGCACAGUGGCAUGGGGUUGUUGGCUGGUUCUCUUCUUGGUCCUGUCUAUGUGAUACAGCAAUUGAGCGUGCCAUUAAUGUAAUGCAUGCUUUUUGCUUGGCCACCUUUUUUUUUUUGCUUGCUAAUGGUCCUUCACUUGUUUUGUUGAUGUACUAACUUUCUUUUACACUGCCUCUAUUUGAAUUUGUGCACCUCUAUGUUUUACUAACUCUGUUGGGAGAUUGUAGCCAAUGGUGUUCAGAACAAGUCAAAUUUUUUAGCUAUAACUGAAAAAAUAUGCACACAGUUUUUGUUUGACGCCUUGCAACAAAUGCGUAUGCACAAGGUGCUUGCCGUAAAUGUUGCCUGCUUUAAGUGGAAUUGCUUGCUCAGAAGUUGAGUGUCUCGCUAUACCUUAAGUGGCAGUUGAACAUUUGACUUGUGAAUGCAAAUUUCAUCUUUAGCUACUGUCAGGCCAUGUAUAUUUCAACUGUUAUGAACACUCGAGUCUUGCCUAAAUUAUUUGAAGAGAUAUAGUGCAAAACAUAAUUGUGUCUUAUUGUAUGAAAUAAUAUGUGCAGAAUGAUUUUGUGCGGAUUGCAUGAGUGAGUGACAGGCCAUUGCUUUCACUAAUUGCAGACAAGAGAGAGUUCUUAAGCAUAUAUGAGAUACAGGAGCCUAUAUAUAUAGCACGCUCAGUGGUGCGAUCUUGUUGCACUGCCCGUCAAAAUACAUAGCAACCUCAAUAUGAAAUGUGAGUGUGUUUUGACUACCUAUUUAUUUCUUGGGAACGCUCCUGUCGUGAGUCGUUACUGGCUAUGUUGCUCUUCCCAGAAAGGUGAGAAAGAUCGGAUUAGGCAACUUCAACAUGAUAAGUGCAAACAUAUGGGGCUAGCCAGAAUUUUGAAAUUCGUAAGCAUUAAUAAAAAUUACAAAUUAUAAUGAAUUCAGUGUACUUUAAAUAGCAUGUUUCGAAGGUGUUGAGUUUGCUCCCUACAGCGCUAAUCAACAUCUGAUGCAGGUUUUUAUUGGUUCUGUUGGAACAAACAUUGAGGAGUUUGUUGAAUGACUGUUGAGCAUGCGCCAAGUGAAAACUGUGACUGAGUAUGGGACAACGCCUUUGCUUUAAAGGGUCGCUUGUGUGAUACUCCUUUUUAUCAGGAAGGAAAUCUUAGUGUGUUACGAGUGUAUUUGUUGAGCAUGUGUUGUGCAAAUUAAGUUGCAAGUUUGUCAUGCAACUGUGUAUACUUUUAAGAUUCUUGUGCUUAGCUUUAUUUAUACUAGGUAUAUUCCUAUAAAGCGCAAUACAUUAAAUGUUAUUUCACAGUG